CUGGUUCAUACCACGAGGACAGCGACCUGCAGCUGGAGCGGAUCAACGUGUAUUACAAGGAAGCAUCAGGUGGCAAGUAUGUCCCUCGUGCAGUGCUGGUGGACUUGGAGCCAGGCAUGAUGGACUCUGCGAGGUCUGGUCCCUUUGGCGAGAUCUUUAGACCAGACAAUUUUGUCUUUGGCCAGAGCGGAGCAGGUAAUAACUGGGCUAAAGGUCACUACACCGAGGGAGCGGAGCUGGGCGACUUGGUCCUGGAUGUGAUGAGGAGGGAGGCAGAGAGUUGCGAUUGCCUCCAGGGCUUCCAGCUCACCCACUCGCUGGGUGGAGGCACCGGCUCUGGUAUGGGCACGCUGCUCAUCAGCAAGAUCCGAGAGGAGUAUCCAGAUUGCAUGAUGAACACAUUCAGUGUAUGUGUUCAUCUCUUUUUGCUUUUCUCUCUCACAUUUCAGGUGUCAGACACAGUCGUUGAACCGUACAAUGCAACCCUCUCCGUCCACCAGCUGGUGGAGAACACAGAUGAGACCUUCUGCAUUGAUAAUGAGGCUCUGUAUGACAUCUGCUUCCGUACACUGAAGCUCACCACACCCACAUACGGUGACCUCAACCACCGGGUCUCAGCCACCAUGAGUGGGGUGACCACCUGCCUGCAGCUCAACGCCGAUUUGAGGAAAUUGGCCGUGAACAUGGUGCCCUUUCCCAGGCUGCACUUCUUCAUGCUGGGCUUUGCCCCCCUGACCAGCCGCCGCAGCCAGCAGUACAGGUAGAGAGGCACAAGCAUG